UUCUUCUGCUCAGUGUCUCCCACUUCAUACAUAUCUCAAUAAUAAUAUCUCCCAAAGAUAGGAUUCGACUUCGAGAGAAUGAAAAGAGAAUCCCCAUUUGACCCUUUACUCUGAUCUUCAAGCUCAGAUAUUUCCUGAGUGUUUCUUUGUGAGUCGAUGGAGUCGAAGAGCACAUCUCUCUGCUGUUCUUUAUCUGCUCUUGCUGUGUUUUUGUGCAUUUCUGUGGUGUUUGCAGGCGACAUAGUUCACCAAGAUGAUGUUGCUCCCAAGAGACCUGGUUGUGAUAACAAUUUUGUGCUGGUUAAAGUACCAAUUUGGAUGGACGAAAAAGAAGCAAUGGAGUUUGUGGGUAUUGGUGCUCGAUUUGGUCCCACGUUGGAAUCGAAAGAGAAGCGUGCAAACCAGACUAAAGUUGCUCUUGCAGACCCCCCUGAUUGUUGUAGUAAACCAAGGAAUAAGCUGACAGGCGAGGCUAUCUUGGUGCACCGUGGAAACUGUAGUUUUGUUACCAAAGCAAAUGUUGCAGAAGCUGCUGGAGCUUCAGCUCUGCUCAUCAUAAACAACCAGACAGAACUCUUCAAGAUGGUCUGUGAAGCAAAUGAAACUGAUGUAGAUAUUGGCAUACCUGUUGUCAUGCUCCCGCAAGAUGCUGGUGCAGUCUUGAAACAAAGCAUGAGGAACAGUUCACAUGUUUCCAUUCAGAUUUACUCUCCAAAGCGCCCGUUGGUUGAUGUUGCUGAAGUGUUUUUAUGGCUAAUGGCUGUUGGUACCAUCCUAUGUGCAUCUUAUUGGUCUGCAUGGAGUGCAAGAGAAGCAGCUAUUGAGCAAGACAAGCUCUUAAAGGAUGGUUCCGAUGAAUACCUCACUAAGAAUACUUGUGGUUACAGUGGUGUUGUGGACAUCAACACAACUUCAGCAAUUUUCUUUGUCGUGAUUGCUUCGUGUUUCUUGGUUAUGCUGUACAAGUUGAUGUCUUAUUGGUUCAUUGAGAUUCUCGUGGUUGUGUUUUGCCUAGGUGGUGUAGAGGGUUUGCAAACUUGUCUAGUGGCUUUGUUAUCAUGUUUCAGAUGGUUUGAACAUGCUGCAGAGUCAUUUGUUAAAGUACCUUUUCUAGGAGCUGUCUCAUAUCUGACUGCAGCUGUUUCUCCGUUCUGCAUAGUGUUUGCUGUUUUAUGGGCAGUUUACCGAAGUGUCUCUUUUGCUUGGAUUGGUCAAGACAUACUAGGCAUUGCACUGAUAAUCACUGUUCUCCAGAUAGUACAAGUACCAAACCUAAAGGUGGGAACAGUUCUACUCAGUUGUGCAUUCUUGUAUGACAUAUUUUGGGUCUUCGUGUCGAAAUGGUGGUUCCAUAAGAGUGUGAUGAUAGUGGUAGCUCGAGGCGAUGGAAGUGGAGAAGACGGCAUUCCAAUGCUACUGAAAAUUCCUCGACUAUUUGAUCCUUGGGGUGGUUACAGUAUAAUUGGUUUUGGCGACAUCAUCUUACCAGGCCUACUAGUAGCAUUUUCCCUAAGGUAUGACUGGCUGGCUAAGAAAAGCCUCAAAGCUGGAUAUUUCCUUUGGGCAAUGCUUGCUUAUGGUUUAGGUCUUCUAGUUACAUAUGUGGCUCUGAACAUGAUGGAUGGACAUGGCCAGCCAGCUUUGCUUUACAUCGUUCCGUUUACGCUAGGCACUCUGAUAACUUUGGCAAGUAAGAGAGGUGAUUUGAAGCAUUUAUGGAAGCGAGGGGAGCCCUACAGACCUUGUCCGCACGUUCAACUUCAAGGUGACGAACAAUGACUAGUUAAGGCUAAUAUACAGUAAUUGCUUACACGGCUGGACACACGUAGAUUAGAUUAUGUCACUGUCAUUCUAACUUGAAAAAGGCUUAUGAAAUUUGUGGCUUCAGCUCUUUUGCUGUGUUUCUGGAUGUAAUUUAUUGGUACCUCUACAAGCUACUGGAUUUUAUGGGCCCAAGUGAUGUUUUAGUGUGACCAAGCUCAUGGUACCUUUUAAAACCCCAUUUUGAUAUUGGAAUUUAAAGUGCUUUUAUUAAUAAA